UACUUUCAUAAGUUGCAGCAUUCCGUCAAGGUGCAAAUCGGAAUUUCCCGGAAGGGUAGUAGUAGGAAUUACUAUGCCUCCGAAGAGUAAGGGCAAGAAUAAAAGUUCAGAUAAAACGAAGAAGGAUGACACGAAUUCACGGGGGAGAAUCUCCGAGGGGCCGCUGACUGAAGUUGAUAGAGAGUAUUACCGGGCGCAGAUAGCAGACUUGGAGCGCCGGCUGCAGAAGUACCAGCACAAAUGCGAUGAAUUGGAGGUGAAGCAGAGGGACUUCCACAUCCAGUACAAUGAUUUGGAGAAAGAGAAGGAGGACAUCGUACACUACCUGAAACGCUCUUGUGCCCAGAAAGAGAAGGAGCUGUUAGAGCUUUCCGAGGAACUUGCAGAACUCCAGAAUACCAAGGAUGCAGAAAGGGGCUCCUUUGAGAGGCAGCUGGCCCAGCUCCGACAAGAGUUCCAGCAGAGCAAGGACCAGCUUAGUUCAGAGAACACAGUCCUAGCUGGCAAGCUGGCUGCUCUGGAGGAGUUUCAGCUGCAGAAAGAGGAGCUGAUGGGGAACCUUUCGGCCAUGAAGGUGCAGCUGGAGGAACAGAAGGAGGAACACAGGAAUGUCAUCUACAACCUGGAGAAGAAGGCAGUGCUGGACAAUGACAGGUUGAAAAAGGAGAUGCAUGAGCAUGUCACUUCUGUGGCGGCGGAGUUCCGGCGCGUCUCAGACAGGAAGAUGCCAUUGACAACCAUGAGGGCCAUCAAAGAGAAUGUGUCUCUGACAGCGCAGCUGCGGAAUCUAUCCGAGAAGAGCCAGAAGCUGAUGGAGGAGAACCAGGCCCUGAGAGAGAAGGAGAAGACACUCAGGCGGGAGCUGGAGGUGUUGGAGCCUUUGCUAAAGAAGAUGACCUUCAAGAGUGUCUGCAACCAGAAGGUGAUUCAGCAGCUGAUUGAGAAGUGUAAGCAGCAACAGACGGAAUUAAAGGAGCAUGAGAAGAGUGAGAAACAGCGCCUCCAACUGCAGGAGGACCACAGUGCAUUACAGCAGGAUCUCAGUAACCUUAGGGAGGAGCUGGCCACUGUGCACGAGGAGUCCCAGCGGAAACGUGCUGAGGCGGACAGGCUGAGGAAGGGGCUGGAGGAGGAGAAGGUGCUCAGAGGCCAGUGGGAGACAGUGCUGGAGGAAACUGCCAGAGCUCUGAAACAGGAAGUGCCAGAGGAGGGAGACUCUGCGGAGGAGGCCCUGGGUCACCACACUCAGAUGAUGCACAGACUUCUGGCUGUACUUGAGAGCACUGGCCUGGCGGGGGAGGAAUCUACCCUGGCGGUCUUACUGAGAGAAACAGUGACCCUCCAUCAGCACAAGACCUGGAUGAGCUGACACAGGCGGCCUGAGGAAAUCAGAAGGGUACCAUCGCCCCAGCUCUCCGAAAGAUCAGCUGUCACUGAUAAACGCCGCACCGCACACGAGGACAGUCAUUCGUAUGAGAUAACCGCAGAUUCACAAGCAUGAAAGCGGGCAAAGUUGCAAAGUUGUCAAAGCAUUUUAAAGGUGUAGAAGAAAAUAGUUAAUGUUUCAAUCAAUUGCACAUUGAUCUUUAGUUUGCUUUAUGUAGAAAUAACCAGCUUUGUGUAUAAACAACCUGGGGGGGGGGUCAUGCCCUCUUGUUCAUUACCGCUUAAGGCUAAUUCAUACUUCUACGGGGAAUCUACGCCGUAGGCAGCUGUGUACCCUACACUGUAGCCUGAGGCCUGUAGCUCGGGGGGGGGGGAGGCUACUAAGGGCGCAGAUUCUACUCAGAGGUACAAAUCAGCCUUUAGACCCAAGCAGGUAAUUUAAAACUAAGUGGUGCAUCACAGAGGUCAGGAAAUCCCGAGGACAUCACAGUUAAGGAAAGAAGAGAAAGUAAUUUCACUCACCUACAGUCAACAAGGUCUGCAAACUGCAGGAUUAGAAUAAUUAAGCGAUUAAAUGUGCUCAGACUGUGA